UCAACAGUUCUAACCUCACUUAAAAUUUUGAUUGACAAGGUUUCUGUUGGCCACUAUCAGUUUUAUACAUUUUGUUGUGUAUGAAGUUACCCAUGCUGAUUGUUUGAAGUGGUAUUUUCCAAAAUCCUCUCUUACAUUCUCUGAUCUAUAAAAUUCGAGAACAUUUUCAUUCAGGACUUCACUAUAUUUAUUUUUUUCCUAGUUCAUAUAUGAAAUGUUUUCUUCUAACUGAAGGUACCGAAUUAUAUAAUUUUUAAAAAUUAUGGGGUAUGAAGAAGUCAUUCAUGUGUUAGGGGACUUUGGGAGGUAUCAGAAAAGGAUAUAUUUUCUUUUAUGCUUGCCGGCUAUUUUGUGUGCUUUCCAUAAAUUGGCAAAUGUUUUUUUGAUAGCAGAGCCUCAUCAAAGGUGUCGACUUCCUUUCGAGACUAAAGAUGCCCUCUAUCAUCAAAAUGAAAGUUUUUUCAAACAAUAUUAUCCAUAUGAUUCUGCGAAUGAAAAAUAUUCAGAAUGUAAAGUGAUAUUGGACAACCAAACUCAAAAAUGUAGCGACUACAUUUACGACCAUUCUGUGUAUGGUUACACGGCUGUGAUUGAGUGGGACCUGACAUGUUCAAAGACUUAUCUAGUAGCCACAGGAAAUUCCUUAUUUAUGUUUGGAGUCAUGCUUGGAUCAAUUAUUUUUGGACAAUUAUCUGAUAGGUACGGGAGAAAAUUAAUAUUCUUCAUAUCCUUGAUACUUCAAGUGUCUUCUGGAAUCCUUGCUUCUGUGGCGCCAGAGUUUUGGAGUUUCACAUUUGCUAGGAUGAUUAUAGGUGCUUCAACUUCCGGAGUGUUUCUGGUAGCUUACGUUAUAGCUUUGGAAAUGGUAUCUGCAAAUAAAAGGCCUAUUGCCGGAACUGUGUGUCAGAUGUUCUUUUCUGUCGGUUACAUGCUCACGGCAGUGUUUGCCAUCUACAUAGAUAAUUGGAGAACUCUACAAUUAGCUCUCUCUCUGCCUGGACUUUGUUUUCUGUGUUAUUGGUGGUUUAUUCCAGAGUCAGUUAGAUGGUUGUUAUCCAAAAACAGAAUAGAAGAAGCCAAAGAAUUAAUUCAACAUGCUGCCAAACAGAAUGGUGUUCAUGUAACAGAUGAUCUCCUGAAUGGAAUGUUGAUAAAUGAAAUUGAAAAGUCUGAGGAUUCUGAAGAAAAGGAAUCCAGUGUAUUAGAUAUUUUUAGAUAUCCACAAUUAAGAAAGCGUGCCUUGAUCAUAUUUUUUGAUUGGUUUGCCUGUAAUAUUACAUACUAUGGAUUAUCAUGGAGUACGAAUAAUUUAGGCGGAAAUCCAUAUAUAAACUUUGUGUUAUCAGGCUUAGUGGAACUACCGGCAUAUACGUUUCUUAUAUUAGUCCUGAAUAGAUGGGGUAGAAAAAAAGUACAAUGUGGAUGUAUGAUUGUAGCAGGAAUGGCUUUACUUUCUUCUCUCAUCAUUUCUGCCGACCAAUAUUACUUCACAGUAGUUGCCGCUAUGAUUGGAAAAUUAGCGGUAACUUCAGCGUAUGGAACAAUUUAUAUAUUUUCUACUGAACAGUUCCCUACUGUUAUCAGAAAUGCUGGUUUAGGUGCUUGUUCAACUUGUGCUCGAGUUGGAUCUGUGUUGGCGCCUUAUAUAAAUGUCCUUAAUAAAAUUUGGCAUCCUUUACCUCUAGUCAUUUUUGGAAUAAUUACAUUAGUAGGUGGAAUGUUAAGUUUGAUGUUACCAGAAACAUUGAAUAGAAAGCUCCCAGAGACUAUGGAAGAGGGGGAAAAAUUUGGACAAAAGAAAACUGGAACUGAUAGCAUGGAGGAAGAGCCAAUGAACAAUAUAAAAGCUUGACUGCACUCAUAAGUUCUAUUUAUAUACUCAUGUUCCAAAUUUGAUAAAACCAAAGGAAACUUCAAGGAAACUAUUGAACUUGGUUUCAAGUUAAGUGGUAGAGAAAUUAAAAAUUCUCCUCAUUUUACUUUAUAUUCCUUGUAUUAGUUGCUCAUCUUGGUGAUGAGUGUAAUGGGUCGAACUAACUUCAGUUUUGAAAAUUAUUUUUUGUUUAAAUAAUGUAGCUAUUUAUUCAUUUAACAUAAUGAAAUUUCACUACUUUUUUACAAAACAUUUUUUACUGAUUAAUAGAUCAAUCUUAAUGAAUAGGAAAAGUUAUUCAUAUAAAUUGAAUAAAUUCAACUUCAUCACAUGGAAAAAAGAAAUGCAAUUUUUUGUACCGAGGUAAUAAAAAGUCUGAGGACAUUUACUUCUCACAAACUGUUAUUACGAUUAAUAUUUCAUGAACAAAUUUUUUACUCUCGUUAAAACUUUUCUGGAUCAACAAAUGCUCUCUGCAAGAUUUGAUGAACCAUAUUUCAAAGAAAUUACUUCCAAUCAUUACUUGUGUUCUGACUCAUACACGGAGGCCCACAAAAAACAGUUUCGAAAAAUGUUAAGACAUGCCAAUUUUUUUUUGGAUCAGAUAAUUACAAAUUUCUGGGUGUACAAUUACUACUUUAAGUGGGGCCCCUUCAAAAUAGUUGCCAACACCUGAAGAAUCUUGUACAGGGUGUACCUAAAUUGGAGGUACAUACGAAAUUCGAAGCUUCCCUGUAUAAUUUAAAGAAAAAAAGUCCUAUCAACAUGGGCUCGAAAAUGCUUCAUCGAAAUUCGAGAUACAGGGCGGUAAAGUUCGAUUUUUUCUGGUUUUUCUCUUGUAGCAUCUGCACUUCAAAAGAUAUUUAACUGAAAUUUGGCAUAGUUAUUCCACUAUUAUUAUUAUUAUUUGAACUGGGGUCGUUUUGGUUCGGUAAGCCGUCCGGGAACUGCGACCAUGCAGAUAUUUUGUUCACUACCCUACUCAUUCAUAGAAACCCAGGAAGGUCGUUAUUCCAAUUUCAGUUGAAAAUCAACAGGGUGAUAUUUUUUCUGGAACAGUUCUAGAUUUUUCGCCAGUUGUUUUUUUUGGUGGAGUACUGGUAGUUCAAAAAAAUGUGAAAAAAAAUUUUGAUCAAACACUAAACUUUUUGAUAUUUUGUAGUUUUAUCGUAUCUUCUACCAAUUUCGAAAAAAAAAUGAAACAAUUCUUUCGAAAUUCUCAGGAAAAUUAAAUCAUAGAAAUCCAGUUAGUAAGCUGUGAUGAAUAAAUUAAUUAUUAGAUUCAGAAUCGUUUCCCCGGACUGGAGCAAUGUUUCAUAAAGAUUUCACAAAAAACAACCUGUAUCUCGAAAACAUGAUAAUAAUACUUUUUUGUCUCAAAAUUAACCAAGGAAUCUCUCAUUUUCAUUUGCACCCCAAUUUAGGAAAAUACCAUAUGGAAAUUGGAGUGACAUAUAGUUUGGAGGUUUAAAUUUAUGGUAUAUGCUAAUUUAUUUCUGUUGCAUGUUCGUUUCGGUGUAAAAACUUGAUGGCUGAAGAGCAUUGUGAUCAAGUUUCUGAAUAAAUUUUAGUUAAUAUAUUGACCUCUGUUAUGGAACUAUUGGUCUGGACUGUGGGUCACCCUUUUUUUUACCUCUAAAUAUUUUUUGUAUAGUUAACUUGAUUUCAUAGGUAUGGUGAAUAUUUCGUUUUGGAAUUACUUUUUGAUAAUAUAUGGAAUUGCAUUUUCUAUUAAUUUUAAAAUACUUCUCAUCACAUUUUCUAGUAAAAUUUGCUCAAAAUAUAUUUAUAUAAGAAGUCUAGUCAUGGAUCAAACCUAAAAGGGAACUGUAUAUUAGUAAAACUUAAAGCCAAUUACUCAUGUAUUUAGAAAUGAGUUUGGAUGUAAAUUAUAAAAACAGGUAGCAUUUGAUACAUAAUAAAUGUUUAUAAAAUUUUAUGUGAUAACCAAAUAUUAAUCUAUUGUUGGAUGGGAUAAAAUAAAGCACAUCAAUAAAAAAAUCUUCUCAGAUGAUUAUUCAGAAUAAAACGUUAAUUAACAAUCAAUGGAACUUCUUGAAAUACUCAAUUCAAUUGGCUACCCACCCCUGAAUUGCACUUUUUUGAAGAUUUUUUAAGGUUAUUUGCCAAAUAUGCGCACUCCUAGAAGAAGAUACUAGAUACCUUCAAAUAAAUUCAAUCUGAUAUAAUGUUCAUAUGGAAUAACAUAUAUUUAAAUCAUAUGUUAUAAUGAAUGAUUGAACCAAAAUAAAUUGUAAUAAUGGAUUAUUUGUAAUAUAUUACUGAAUCAUAUUUACAUAUAUUCUGUUCAUAAUCUUUUUUUAGUGUAAAUAAAUUGAAGUUACAAUGAAUUGAAUUUAUAUGAAAAAGGUUUCUUCGGGAGUCGAUUGUUUAAUAAUCUUUGUAAGAUCUGAAAGAUUUGUCAAUAUAAUUUGGUGUAUUAUAAUUUUAUUAAUGGGACGUUUUUGUUUUUGUUGUUUAAGUGUAAAGCUGUUGAUUUUAUGUAGGUGAUGAAGUGGUGUUAUGUAUUGAAUUGUCCUUUAAUUUAUAGUUUUGAAACAUCAUGAAAACUUAGUGAAAACGACAUCACUCCUAGUAAUCUGCCUCGAAUAUAAAUUUUAUUAUCUUUUUGAAUAUUUUGACGUUAUAUUAUUAAUUGAAAUUUGUUAAUAUUCUGUGUCGUAAAAGGAAUAAUAAAUCGAUGUGCACUCUUG